AUGCUUUUGGUUGACUUCUUCGUUUUUCUAGAGGCGGCUCUUCUGAUGUUUUCAUGUGUCAAUUGCUUUGAAGGAGGUGGUUCAUUUGAUAAAGAAGAGUGGAUACGAAAACGCUGUGAACGGAUUGGCACCGUUCACGUUGAAAUAUACAUAGUUGUGGAUGCCGCGUACGAGAAAACACUUCAAGAGAAUGGUUAUAGCUGCCAACAGUAUCUCGAAGUUUUCGUUAACAAUGUUGAGACUUACUUCUGGACAUUCAAGUGCCCUGACCUUGUGCUUACGCUUGUUGGAGUAAAGGCUUUAACUAGUGAAGAGGAAAAACAAUUCAAGAAAUAUAAAACAUUUAAAAAUGAAACGACUCCAAAAUUAGACCCGGCUUUCACUCUCAGUAUGUUUAACCGCUGGGUAAAUAAUGACACAACAUUUCAAGAGGCUGAUGUUGUCUACCUAUUGACAAGUGAAGAAAUUCGAGACUACAUAGUGGCCUACAAACUGGAAAUGAAAGCUGCAUCUUAUUCUUCGGGACCAUGCGGUAAUCGACGAACAGCGCUGUCUAAAGACGAUGGGAAGACAUUUUCUGGCGUUCCUGCUAUGGUACAGCAAAUCGCCCGACUGCUUGGCAUAAAAUGGGACGACUCGAGGUCAACCGAAAAGCCGUGUAAAGUUACCGACGGUUACAUCAUGAGUAAAAAUGGCGAGCCUACUGAAUCAGCGAAUUUCUCCUCCUGCUCUUACGCUACAUGGGACUUCAACUACUUUUUGCCAUUUAAUUCUAAGGAAUGCUUCAAUCGCACUGCUAAAGCUAUGGAUAGUGAAAACGACGAACUUCCGGCGAAUUUCUACAAUGGUUCUGACUACUGCCAAGUGUUAUCUGAACGGAAUAACGUCACAACAUGCGAGUUACCGACGGCCGUUGAGAACGGUACGGCAGACACACCAUGCCAUAUGCGGUGUUGCUUUGGGAACUCAAGUGUUACCGUAAACUCGCCUGAUGGUACGAGAUGUGACCAGGAAAAGGUGUGCCUUCAAGGAAUAUGUGUUAUGGAGAGAAAAAGGAACAUUACUAGUUCGUAA